GGGCCGCGGGAGCUCGGCCCUGUUGUGUGGGAGCCGCGGCGGCCGCAGCGCGCCGGGCCCGCCGCCCCCCGGCCAUGGAGGACCCGUCGCGGCUGCUGGCAGCGGCUCACGGCGGCGGGGUGACGCUGCCCGCCGCCAUCCCCCCGCCCGCCGCCGCGGAUCCGGCCGCUGCUCCCGCACCGGGGCCGCCGCCGCCGCCGCCCGCGCACCACGACACGGGCGACGUCCUGCAGCAGAUUAUGGCCAUCACCGACCAGAGCCUGGACGAGGCCCAGGCCAGGAAACACGCCUUGAACUGCCACAGAAUGAAGCCUGCUCUCUUCAGCGUGCUCUGUGAGAUCAAGGAGAAAACAGUGUUAAGUAUUCGUGGUAUUCAGGAAGAAGAUCCCCCAGAUGCUCAACUAAUGAGACUAGAUAACAUGUUGCUGGCAGAGGGUGUCUCCGGGCCCGAGAAAAGAGGAAGAGGAGGACCGAUGGCUGUAGCAGCAACAUCAGGUGGCUGUCCAAAUGACAAUAGCAUUGAACACUCUGACUACAGGGCCAAGCUGUCACAGAUCCGACAGAUAUACCACUCUGAGCUAGAGAAAUAUGAACAGGCGUGCAGCGAGUUCACCACGCACGUGAUGAACCUGCUUCGGGAGCAGAGCAGGACGAGGCCGAUUUCGCCCAAAGAGAUCGAGCGCAUGGUGAACAUCAUCCACGGCAAGUUCAGCACCAUCCAGAUGCAGCUGAAGCAGAGCACGUGCGAGGCCGUCAUGAUCCUGCGCUCGCGCUUCCUCGACGCCAGGCGCAAACGGCGUAACUUCAGCAAACAGGCCACAGAGGUGCUGAAUGAGUACUUCUACUCGCACCUGAGCAAUCCUUACCCCAGUGAAGAGGCCAAAGAAGAGCUAGCAAAGAAAGGGGGCAUCACGGUUUCACAGGUUUCCAACUGGUUUGGUAACAAGAGAAUUCGAUACAAAAAAAACAUGGGGAAGUUCCAGGAAGAAGCGAAUAUUUACGCUGCAAAAACAGCCGUGGACGCAACCAACGUCGUGGCUCAAGGCAACCAGGCAAACUCACCAUCGACACCAAACUCAGCUUCCUCUGGCUCUUUUAAGAUGACAGCUUCUGGAGAUUCGUUUAUAAACCUGCAGUCCUUGACUUCCUACCAGAGCUCCCCGGUGGGAGCCAACGUGCAGUCGCAGAUGGAUUCCUUACAUCACGUCAUACACCAGACAGGAAGAUACGACACGAUCGUGGGGAACCCUUUGUACACAACGCAGCGCUUAGAUGCUAAUGGCAGCUGGCAGGAUGCUACCACCCCUUCAUCAAUCACUUCACCUGCCGGAGACCCUGGAAGUGUUAAUUCGGAUGCUUCUAAUUAAGUUUUUAGGACCUAUCGAUGAGAGGAAAGAGGUCAUUAGUGUAAUUUGUCAAUGUUGCUCUUUUGCCAAUACUAUUGUUUGUACAACUUGACACACACAGCUAAUUACCUCAGAAAAACAAACCCUGGAACCAAUAGAAGAUUGUGAUUACGAUGAUACCUCUCUCUACCUCUCAGCCUCAUGCAGUCGAGUUCUUUUCACUCAAAGCCCAUUGGGAUGUGGAAUUGUUUUGGGAGAACUUGCUUUUUCCUGACCAAAUUCAUCUCUUUUUGUUCAAAACAAAAAGUGUGGGUUUUAGGGUAAGAAUCUGAAGGUUUUGUCUGUCCUAGAACUCGGCUGAAGGAAAUUGACUCGUUUUAGUUUCCAUGAAUUGGUUUCGGUUGGGGUUUUUCUUUUUUUACUCUGAAGUUUCUGUUCUAGUUGGUAGCUGCUCCCCCUUAUCCCCCUGUAUUGUAACUGUUAUGCCGUCCUCUGUCUUGUAAUUUUGUAUAGGGGAAAAGACAAAAAAGACAAAAAUCAGCUUUUCGUACAAAGUAGGGAAUGAUUCUGAGCUAACGAACCAGAACGUGGCUGUACCAAAACCCUCACUGGACUUUGCUCUCGGGGUAAGACCUUUAUGUGUCCAUCCCACAUAAUUCCAACUUAAACGUCUAGUGAAAAAUAAACCAAGAAACGAAGGAAAAACGACCCCAAAACAACGACCCCCCCCCCCCCCGCGCCCACGCACCUGCCUUUCCUCACGGAUGAGAGGGUUCUGCGCAUCUCUCAACACAGAGUCCGCCCCUUGCGGUUGAGAUUUUAUCAAAGAUAAUAAACUUCCAAAGCCUUUU